AUGAAAUUAAUAAUUUUAAUUUUAUUUACCAUUUUUUUAAGUUUUAGUGCAGCAUCUCAAGUAUAUACCCAAUUCGAUACCGAUGCUUGUUCCAAACAAAGUGUUUUAAAUAUUGGAGAAUGCACAUUGUUUGAAACAUGCAAUGUAAAUUUAAAAUAUGUAUAUAAUUCAUUAAUUGGUGACUAUUCACUAUUGGUUUACGAUUUAGAAGAUACUAGUUGCUUAACUUUACUUGAAAAUGCUUCUUUCGAAUGUACAGAAAAUCCAAGUAUAAUUGGUGCUGUUCUUAUUCAAUGCCAAACCCCAGUUACCUAUGUUGACUAUCAAUCAUUUUCUAUCAAGACUAACUCAGAAUGCACAGUAGAUAUUAAACUUGAUACUUGUAAUUCAAAUUGUUUAGGAAAUGUUAAGAUCUCAAAAGACGAUAUGGUUUUAGAAGGUUACUCAUACUCCAUUUAUAAUAACAACAAUUGUGAAAACGAACCAAAAACUGUCGAAAAUUUCAAAUGUUUGGCUAAUAAUAAAGAUAUUGAAUUAAAUGGUGUAACCCUUUACUGUGGAGAAAAAGAAACUCCAUCUCCAUCCCAAAAUGAAACUUCAUCUCAAAAUGAAAAUUCAUCCCAAGAUGAAACCUCAUCCCAAAGUGAAACUGCAUCCCAAAGUGAAGCCUCAUCCCAAAGUGAAGACUCAUCCCAAAGUGAAACUGCAUCCCAAAGUGAAGACUCAUCCCAAAGUGAAGACUCAUCCCAAAGUGAAGCCUCAUCCCAAAGUGAAGCCUCAUCCCAAAGUGAAACUGCAUCCCAAGAUAAAACCGCAUCCAAAGAUGAAACCUCAUCCCAAAGUGAAACCGCAUCCCAAAAUGAAACUUCAUCCCAAAAUAAAACCGCAUCCCAAAAUGAAACCUCAUCUCAAAGUUACACCUCAUCGGAAAGUGUUUCAUCAGGUUUCCCAUCAGCUGUUUUUUCAGUUGUUUUAAUUUUCUCAAAGGUCAAUAUUGAAAUCAUUAUAAAUGAAAAUAUAAAAUCAGAAGGACCCAUUAUCACUAAACUAUCUAUUAAAGACACAAUUUUAGAUAUAGAAGGUGAUAAUAUGGUUUCGGGAGGAAAGUUCUAUUUGGUUAUUAAUGAUAAACCACAAAGCAAAAAAUUUUAUAAAUUAAAAACUGAUACUUUAUUAAAGUAUGAAUUACCAGAUAAAUUUUGUGGAAGAAUUUUUGUACAAGUAAAUUCAACCAGUGGUUCAUCAAACAUUGCAAAUAUUACCCUACCUCAAGUCUAUAUUCAAUCACAAUUUCCAUUUACAAAUAACGGUUCAGUGUUAGAGUUUAGAAAGUAUUAUCUUUGUAACGAUUCAGCUCCAUUAAAAACAAUUUCAAAUGUAAUAAUAAAUUCAGAUGGCCAAAAUGCAACCAUAUCAGAUAAAAGCUGCGCAGUUAAUGGUGCAAAUAGAACCAUCCAAUGUAAAAUUAGUCCAGGAAAUGGGAAAAAAACAAUGUUUGCAACAAUUAACGGAGUUCAAGAAGUGAUUGAUUUCGAAUACGGUUCCGCAAUAGUUAAUGAUCAAAAAAUAGACAUGGCAACAAAAGAUAUUACUUUCAAAGGUUAUAACUUUGGUGGAGCCAAUACCAAUUGCAGUAUAGUGUUUUUGGAUUUCAACAAUAAUAAUAUUACAUGUAAAGCCCUGUCCAAUGAAGAAAUAACAUUCUCUGUUCCAGACUGGUAUGACCAUAGAGGAAGAAUAUCAAUUAUUAUCAAUGGUGUUGAAGGUAGAAACUAUUUUAUAAUCAGUAAAAUUAUAAAAUUUGAAAAGGAAUUAUCAUCGCUAAAAACAAAUGGUGGCUUUAUGGUCUAUAGAGGUCAAUAUUUUAACGAGAUUGAAAAGGUUGCUCCUGCCAAUAACGAACCCACUUUAAUUAAAUCCAUCAUCAAUGCAAGAUUCCAGAAUCCAUUUCACAUCUACCCCUGCGACUUUUAUAUUUCUGGCCCAAACAAAGAUCUCAUAAACGUAUCGAUCCCAUUGGGUAUUGGUAAUGGUACACUAUAUUUGUAUUUUGAUGAUUGGCUCACAAAUCAAACCCAAAUCACCUAUGAUAUUGAAUACACAGUUCCACAUGACUCUGAUGCAAUGACUGUAAAUAUUAUUUAUCCGCUUAUAAUCGUUCUUGGUUUCUUUACAAUAGUUUUUGUUUUAAUACAUAAUGUAUAUGCAUUAAGAAAAAAACUAGAUUUUUAA